ACUCAUGGAAACCUUGUCCCUAGAUUCAAGUCCCGAAACGUACAUUUGGGUAGUGUGCGUGGUCUUAUCUGCUUCUCAGUCACAGCCAUGGCUGCACCUCUCACAUCUCUGGGAAAUAUCAGAGCUACUGCUUCAAGUCCUAACCACAUGUGCAGCAUCCGGUUACUUCACUGCCCCUCUAAUUUCCUGAAAUUUCAGAAAUGUCCAUCAAUGGCGAGCUUUUCCUCGAGCGUCUCUUACUCUGAUUCAAAGCCCCUCCUCUUUAUAUCUUCUUUGACACAAAGAAGAAUCACUUCAUUUAGCUCAGUUCGUGCUGAAGCAACGUCUCCAGAAUUACAGGCAAAGGUCACGAAGAAAGUUUAUUUUGAUAUAACAAUUGGGAAGCCAGUGGGGAGAAUUUUGAUGGGUUUGUUUGGCGAUGAGGUUCCACAAACAGUAGAGAACUUCAAAGCUUUGUGUACAGGAGAGAAGGGAUUUGGGUACAAGGGAUCCACUUUUCAUCGUGUGAUUAAAGAUUUCAUGAUUCAAGGAGGAGACUUUGACAAGGGAAAUGGAACUGGAGGAAAAAGUAUUUAUGGCCGUACAUUCAAGGACGAGAACUUUAAGUUGGCUCAUUUGGGGCCUGGAAUUCUUAGCAUGGCCAAUGCGGGACCCAACACAAAUGGAAGCCAGUUCUUUAUCUGCACAGUCAAGACUCCCUGGUUGGACAAGAGGCAUGUAGUAUUUGGUCAGGUUUUGGAGGGCAUGGAUGUUGUCAAAUUGAUCGAGUCUCAGGAGACGGACAGAGGCGAUCGGCCGAAAUCCAAAGUUGUGAUCAGUGAGUGUGGGGAGCUCCCCGUAGCUUGAUAACCUUAUUUUAUUUUGAGGAAGGGAAAAAAGCAAAAAAAAAUAAAGGGGGAAAUUUUGGUCAAAUUGACGGCUUACUACUUAUGAGUCUUACUGCUUGGUUUUCAUGUUGAAGUUUUAAUUUACUUUGUUUUCUUUACCCUGUACUUCGACCCAUCAUUAUUGUAACGCGGAUAAACGUGAUCUCUCUCUCUCCA